CCGCCGCGAAUACAUGUCACUACGGCUGCUACAAGCCGGCCGCACGCGCGCGUUUCGAACGUAGUGCACGAUACACCGCGACCGGUUCCCGAAGCCGAUGAGCGCGACCAGUGACACCUCUUAAGUCUAGUGUUGUGUGACUUGCAGUGAAACUCAGUGCAGACAUGUGCGUGUGAUGGAUUACUCUUCCACCGUCGAUUGCUGACGGGCUUCGGAUCCCGUAUAUGCUCAGGCGCCGGUAGUGGACGCGCCAAUAUGCGCGCCCCCACGGUGCUGAUCGCCCUGCUAGGGUUUCUGCCCCAGGUGCUGACGUCUGGUUCCUUCGAACUUAGGAUAAAAAGUUUUACGAACUCAUUGGGUAGGUUAAAUAGUGGGCAGUGCUGUGAUGGUUCCUCAAGUAGUGACGCGCCUUGUUUGGCGCCGUGCAGGACUAAAUUCCGAGUGUGCCUCAAAAUAUAUCAAGCUAACAUCGACACGACAUCACCGUGUACAUUCGGUGACAUCACUACUCCGGUACUCGGAGGAAACUCAUUGGAUGUGCCGAAUCUUAACGUGGAAGGAUUCACUAACCCCAUCGUCUUCCCGUUCGACUUCACGUGGCCGGGAACCUUCUCGCUUAUAGUCGAAGCGUGGCACGAUACGAACGAGACGUCGAGAUCUGACGAUUCACUCAUUGCGCGGAUGACAAAGCAGAGCAUAGCUGACGUUGGAGGGCCAUGGAUAGAGGAGGAACAGCGGUGGGGCAAUGUAGGCGGAGCACAUCUAAAACUAUCCUACCGGGUUACUUGUGCGGCGCACUACUACGGACCAGGGUGUGAAGUUCUCUGCAGACCAAGAGACGAUGCCUUUGGACACUACACCUGUUCUCCUUCUGGUGAAAUCGUUUGCAAGACCGGAUGGACCGGGGAUUACUGCUCGAAACCGAGAUGCCUGCCCGGCUGCGAUGCGGAGCACGGCCACUGCCUCAAGCCCGACGAAUGCAUUUGUCAUUCGGGCUGGGUGGGCGAGCUCUGCGACCAGUGCGAGCGGCAUCCGGGAUGCGUGCACGGUACCUGUUCUAAGCCGUGGGACUGCAUAUGCGAGGAAGGCUGGGGUGGUCUAUUCUGUAACCAAGAUCUAAAUUACUGUACGAAUCAUCGACCCUGUAGAAACGGUGGUACUUGCCACAACACCGGGCAAGGGAGUUACACCUGUGUCUGUCCACCUGAGUACACGGGUCCCGAUUGCGAAAAAUCACUCCACUCCUGCUUAGUCCGACCUUGUCAAAAUGGAGGCGCCUGCGUUCCAGACGAGAGCGGAGAAUUAUCUUGCGCUUGUCCAUCAGGCUACGAAGGAGCUCGCUGCGAAACGAGAAGACUGACUUGCGCAGACCAACCUUGUCGAAACGGUGGCACAUGUGAACCACGACCCUCCGGCUUUGUAUGUUUGUGUCCUCCGGGCUAUGCGGGAGUCGAUUGCGCUGUCGAAGCUGACCCCUGCGCUGCUAAUCCCUGCCGAAAUGGAGCAACUUGCGCACGUGCCGGAGAUGGCUUUCGGUGCAGCUGUAAACCAGGUUUUAGGGGAAACCGAUGCGAAAUCGACAUCGACGACUGCGCGGGUAUAAUUUGCGAACACGGAGGAACCUGCGUGGAUUUAGUGAACGGACAGAGAUGUCAAUGUGCGCCUGGAUUCCUAGGUCCGAGGUGCGAAACUCGCGUGGACUUCUGCCUAGCGAAACCCUGCGCGAACGGAGGGGAGUGUCACGUUUUGGACAACGACUAUGAGUGCCGUUGUCGACCUGGUUUCGCAGGAAAGGACUGCAGCAUCGACGUCGACGAGUGCGCCUCCUCCCCCUGCAGGAACGGCGGAACUUGCCGAGAUCGUGUCGACGGCUACCAUUGCAACUGUCCACAAGGCUGGGGAGGAAAGUCUUGCACAGUAUCAUUAGCCGAUUUCGCGGCCUCGAAACCGGCGGGCGGACACCUGAGACGAGUCGGCGACGAAACGCCCGAAGAGGAGAGCUUGUCGGGGCGACACGUGGCGCUGAUCGCGGCGCUGUCGGCCGUGGUGCCGGCGGCAGCACUAGCGGCCGCCGUGGCCGUCGCGUGCGUGCGGAGGAGGAGGAAGCGAGCGCAGAACGCCGCGGACGCAGAGGCGAGAGCGCAGAACGCGGCCAACGCGGGCGGCGGCGGGCGCGUCAUCCGGAACACGUGGGGCAAGUGCGAGGGGCCCGUGCCCGAGUGCCAGAACGCGCACAACGCGGCGGCCGAGGAGUGCAAGCGCAAGACGCUCAACACGGAGAGCGCCGCGCGGCUGCUGGCGGCGCUGGACCCGCGGCUGUCGCGGCUCUCCGCGGACUCGGCGUAUUGCGCUAAUAGCGAUACGUCACUAGUGAAGCGAGCGCUAGAAGGCGGAGGGGUGUACGUGUUAGACGACCACUGCCUGCCGCCCACGUUCGCCACGCAAGUGUAGUGCUAACCAAUGCGGCAAUGAACAUUAACUUAUUUAUUCACAUCGGACGCUCGUGCGAACUAGGCUGUGCGCCGCGUGUACAUAUAGCGUAAAGUGUAAAGUGACUCCUGUAUAGACGGCUAGUUGUAAGUAUUCGGAUAUAUUUAUUUGAGCGCGAUCCGUACGCCCUGUAAAUAGUAUCGGCGGUUCGGAUCGCUAUUUCCACCCUUUAUCGGCAAGCGUCGCCCGAUACGCCGUAACCCUCGUAACGUUUCGAUGUCUAAGCUGUUCGUGGAUCGAGUUGGGUCGUGAUCAUCACGUGCGUGUUCGGUUGGGUGAGGACCGCGCUUGCUGUGGGGUAGUGGACCACGGUCCACUGUCUGCGAUCUCUGUAGGUAACGGUGAAGCGGCUCUCGCGGUCUCGGUCCGCCGCGUGGACCGCCCACAGGCUCCGUACUGAGCACCGGCUCCAAGCGCAGACUAAUCAAACACAUCGCAUGUUAACUAGCUGCUUUCGAACUAUUCGUUUAUUUUAUUUUGAUAUUUUUUUACAAUAUUUCCGUUUUUAAAUUAUUAUUACGAUCAUUAUGAAAAUAGAGCACAGUUUACAUGCGAGUUUUCAUCGUUAAUUAAUAUCCGUUUAUUCCGACAUUUAAUAUAAUGUAAUACUAUAAUAUAUUCUGUGCCAAUGAAUCUGUUGUCUCCGUGCGCACGAGUCGGUGUUCAGUAUAGUUUCUGUGUAGUUCACGCCCCUCUGUCCCCUUUUUUAGACUCGCACCAGUAUAUAAACCAAACCGUGCGUUAUAUAAGAUUUUAGAAUAAUUUAUAUAAAACGCAAAAUAUGCGUUCUGUUUUUACAUUGAUUUUUUGUGAUUGACUAAUUAUUGUCAUUGUUCCUAUGAUUAUGAUUGUUAAUUAAACAUUUAAAAAAAAAUCUUGUUCAGGUUUUCUUGAAAAUCGACAUAGAUUUUUACACCGAUUUCACAUGUUUCGUAUCUGGAAUGUAGAUUAAACGUUGUUCCUCGAUCCGAGCGCCAUUUUUUCCCCCUUCACGUCACAGCGUGGAGGUCGUAGAAAUCGCACUCGCAUCUCACAGUAAUUAACACAGCGCACGUAAUUAGUCCAUAGGUUAAAAUAAUUUGAGUACUUAUAAGAAACAAAUGUCCUAAGUAAGUAAUAACCUAAGUCAUUGUGUAUAAAAAAAACUAUUAAGGUUUAGUCAAGUAAGUAUAUUCUCCAUUACUAUCGUAAGAGUACUGUGACAAUAUAAGUGUCAUUAGGCAACAUAGGACGCGAUAUCACAGGUUGUUUUAACUUAUUUAUUUUAAUACAUACAUACGAGUUGUUUAUGUAUCGUUCACGACCCCUCGCAUAUUCGUGUAAUGAAUGUGCGAGCGGCCGUCGACGGUUCGUCUGUGAAAUAAUUUAUGUUAAAUUACCGUCUUAGUAAACGUAUUGUAGAUAUUAUUCUAUAAGUAAUAGACGUUACCUCUUAUGUUGCCUUUUGUACUCGAUAGAUUUAAUGAGGGUUAAAUCGACAAAAUUGUAAAAUUAUAUCAAACUAUGAAUAGACUGAUGAUCAAUAAUAAUGUUCUUGUAUUUAAUUUUGUAAGAUGACAAAAUGUAAUAAUAAAUUAUGUGAAAAUAGGAAACAUUACGAAAAAGUAACAUUGUCAUAUCUAGCGUACUUAAACGGUAUCACAGUUGAUGUACUUUCAUUUUUCUUUUUGAUUUUUUUUUUUAAUUUUUAAUUAUAUACGCCUUAAUAAUACGUUCCGAAACAAUAAAAUGACAGUAUUUUUAAUUUAUUUAUUAAAAAUAUAAUUGCUAUUAUUGUUUAUUACUUUCUCUAUAAAUGAAAAAUCAUUGUUUAUUUUUUGAACACAGUUUACAAUUGACUGAAGCUAAAUUGUCUUCUUGGUUUAAUUUUGGACACUAUGAGAAUCAUGUAUGCAUUUAUAGUUAAGUGUGAGUAUACUGAAAGCCAAUUAAUUCGAAUCAUUCCAUUCCUAAUAAGUGAACUUACCUUUUAAAAAAAAAAACUUGCUAUUUUUCUAUUUUUAUUUUGCAUGCUAAUAAAGUGAUUAUCUUGAUUACUCGUAUGUAUUUUCUUCGUUAAAAAUGACAUAAAUAUAGUUAAUUUUCUUUCUUAUGUACUUUUAGUAUAUUCACAAUUCUUUUCUCAGUUAAAAGAAAAAUGAAAGCAAUCGUAUGUGGACAAGUGUAACAAAUAAUUCCAUAGAUAGAUCCUAUCACAAUUAAAGUCAUUGUAAUGCUAUUUCGGUGAUAUAUUUGUCAGCGAGUGUAUGUGACGUAUGUGUAUUAUUAUGUGCAGCGAUACAAGGAGAAAUAAAAUGUUAAUAAACAAUUGUUUACAAAAGAUUAAAAA